GUUUUAUUCUUGUGCUUAGAGUACGUGCGAGACAUAACACUACAUUUUCCGUUUUCAAUAUUAAAGUCAAAAAAUAGACACCUUAGCAACUUCAGUUUAAUUCUGUUCAGUUAUAAUUUAGCAAUUGAAAAAUAAAAACGUUUUCUAAGAGCUCAGUGAUGGAUUCUAAAUCCAUAAUUUUUGCAGGCUUUUCAAUCAUUUCAAUAUUCAUCACGAAUAUUUUACUUAACAAGUCAAUAAUUGAAAAAAUAAUUGAGAACACAAAUGCACUUUCUAAGAUGCAAGAAAGUCACGAUUUUUUGUCGAUUUCAAAUCAGAGUUUUCCAAAUACUGAAGAAAAUUCAAGAAAACAACUGAAAUUUUGCCUUUUUAAAACAGAUAACAACACAAAACGGUUUGAAUCAAUCAGACAUGUGAUAGAAAAGUUAGGCUAUCAAGAAGUACCAUUGCACCCACAUGCUCCUCAUUAUGAUUGGGAUUUCAUUUGGAGCUAUCAUGGCAUUUCGCCUUUGAACUUAAAUUUUUCAAACUGGAAGGAUCAUCAGAGACAUAAUCACAUUCCUGGAAUGCCUUUUCUGACUUUAAAGUCAAAUCUUGCCACUUAUACAGAUUCAAAAUAUGUACCAAAAGGUUUCGAAGAUAAAUUAUCCAUACAACGUUAUGCCAAGGACCAUCCAGAUGUAAGAUUCGUUCGGAAAAACAAAGCAAAUCGUGGUGUGUCAAUAGUGACAGUAGAAGAAAUGAAUUUCACAAGAUCCAACAAUAUUCGCGAAGAGUUUUUUGCCCAAGUAUUUGUUGAAGAUCCUUAUCUUAUCAAUGGCCACAAAUUCGACUUAAAUAUGUAUGCUGGAAUUUCUUCUAUUGAUCCAUUGCGGGUUUAUUACUACGAUAAAACUUACAAUUUGAGAUUCUGUGAGAAGCCCUACAACCCAAACAACUUUGAUGAUCCUGACACGUAUGUCAUCACUGAUAAUUAUAUUCCUGGAUUAAGAUUUCCGUUCAUAAAAAAAAUCACUGAUCAUGGGUAUCUUGAAAAAGAACCAAUUCAAUUACAUUUCAUGAAACAGGGAAUAAAUCCAAAAAUCAUUGAUGAUCAGAUUGAAGAUGCCAUAAGUACGAUAGUCCUACAAAAAGCACCCAAAAUGUUGAAAAAAGUUGAAGAACUAAAUGCAGCAAACGGGAAAUAUCAUUUUUUUGAACUCGUUCGAUUUGAUUUUAUGCUCGAUGCGAAACUUAAACUUCACUUGAUGGAAGUCAACAUGAGUCCAAAUCUGGAAGCAUAUCCAAAAAGGAGAGGUCAAAAAAUAAUUUAUGAAAAUGUCGUUUAUAAUUUUCUCAAUCUUGUUGGUAUGGGAACGACUAUCAGUGACAAGAGUGUGGGACAAUUCACAGAGGAUGAAUCUCGUUUCGUUUUGAAUGAUCACAGCAUCAGUGUAACACCUGAUAUAUGUUUGAACAGACCAUGCAACGAAACUUGUGAUUCCACUCAAUGUGAUCUUUGUUUGAAUUGCAUGUCGGACAGCUUUAAAUAUGACUUGAAAUUGGCUUUCUGGGAACACAUGAACAUGGGCGAGUUCAGACGUGUUGUGCCACCUCCCAAUAUUAACUUGUUGGAAACAAAUUCAAUUUACUGGAAAAAUCUUUCCCCAACUAACACAUUAUACGCUAAAUGGCUGAUUGAAAUGUGCAAGAAGAACAGUCGAUUCUGUUAAAAUGUCGACGUGGAAAACUUUUCAAUAAAAAUUUUAUAUUAUGAAUCUUGAAAUGUUCACAUGAAAAAUUAAAUAAAAUCAUGUUCCAAUGUACUUUUAAAAUAUCUUUCUUCUAAAUAAAAUAUCCUUUCGAUAAAUCAUUUUCAAUAGUUUGAACAAGUUUCGUUAA